AUGAGCGAGUGCGGUGCGUGCGGUCGUCGUUGGGUGGAGCCGCGCCUUCUGCCGUGCCUUCACACUGUGUGCACGCCUUGCCUGCACUCCAGAGCUGCCCUCAUCGCGCCAACUGCUGUCGCCACGCGGACCGCCUCCUCCUGCCAUGGGUCUGCUCAGAGCGCUCCCGCAUCCGCCUCGGGAUCGCUGGAUUCUGGGAGCGGCAGGACGUCGCAGGAGCGGGCGCCGGCCGGCUGCUCAACCGCCACCUCGAGCGCCACCUCCAACAGCCCCGCGGUGGCCUCGGCGCCGGCGGCGUCCCCGAUUCUCGUCUCCAGCAUGUCCGCGUCGCCCUUGUACUCCAGCAGGCCCACCAAGGUCACCCUCACCAGCACCAUCACCUACAACGGCGGGAACCUCAGCAGGCACUGGGACGGGGAAAGCAGCAGCGCCCACCUCUCCCUCGCCAGUGGAAGCGGGAGCAGCAGGGAGGAGGGGGUCGCUUCCAGCAGCAGUGCCAGGGCGAGUCCGCACGCCACACAUGUGCUCAAUGGAACCGCUGGACACCCCGAGGAUCACCACCACCAGCUUGCUCAAGACUCGGAUCAGCAAAGCCAGUGGGGCGCCCCGGAUGACCUCGACUCUGUGAUAGAGCUCCUCACAAAUCUCUCUCCAAACUGUUCCAAUAACAACUAUAACAGCAGCCACACCCCCAAGCAAACCGCGACGCCCACACCAGGCGAGGGAGAAACUCACACCAAGGCAGCACCCUCGCUUCUGGAUGAAGAGGUAGGGUCGCCCUCCAGCACCAUCGACUCGCGAUCUUCUUCGAGAACGAGGUCGAGCGGGAGGUCUUCGGGCUCCGAGAGCGGUCUGCGGGACAGAGGAGUAUGGGUGGUUUGGUGUCCAGAGUGUGGCUACGAGGCGCAUGUCCCUCCAGGGGGCGUCGAGUGCUUCCCUCUGAACUAUGUCCUGCAGAAGCAGCUGGUCCUCGAAGCGCUCAACUCCUCUUCCACCACGGUAUAUUGCGACCUCUGUCAUGACGACGUCGUGGCCGAGGAGCGCUGCAACACAUGCCCCGUCAACUUGUGCCGCCUGUGUAGCCAUGCCCAUACCCGCCAGCGCCGCACCACCCACCACGCCGUAAUUUCUCUUCAGGAAGCACGUAGUCUGGGUAUCCGCGAGGUAGCUCACACGCUUGUGUGUGCCACACACGGCGAGGGCGAGGUGGGAUGGUGGUGCCGGAGCUGCCACGAGCCAUUGUGCGCCGCCUGCCUCGCCACACUCCACCGCGGGCACCCCACACUCACCGUCGACCAGGAGGCACCCCAGGCUCGCAGGAACCUUACCACCCUGCUUGACCAGGCAUCCACGAGAAUGGAUGACCUCCUGAGCACAGUGGAAGAGCUCACGGGGGCGGCAGCCAGAGUGCAGCAGAGGGGCAAAGCCGUCGGCGACCAGGUCAACGCCUUCAUCGACGAUUAUAUCUUGGCCCUGGAAGAGCACCGCCACGCGCUCCUCAGGCAGGUGCGGCAGGCAUGUGAACGAGCACAGCGGGGGAUCGUGACGGAGUCGCAGCGGGCGGGGCAGAUUGCGUCGUGGCUGCGGCAGGGAUGCGACCUGACACACGACCUCCUAAACCACGCGGGCGACGCGGAGGCGCUUGCCCUGGCGCCCCUCGUGACUCACAGGCUGCAGGCGCUGCUGGCCGAGCAGGUUCGCGGUUGGACGAGAUGGGAACGGCUUGCCCUACUGCGUGAACACCGCGCUGGCCGAGUCAGAGGUCACAAAAUCCAUGGCGUUAUAGCAGACGCCCCGGCCGACCCGGCCACUUCGAGACUAAAACCAUUGUGUGACGUGAGCAGUGUGGCUGCGGGGGCACGAGUCACGGCAUUGGUCGUGGCCCGGGACGCCGAUGGGCAGCCCAUAACCCACGGUGGGGAGGACCUGCACGCCGCCGUCCUCACGCGCGACGGCAACGCCCUGUGCGGUUGCUCCGUCCGGGACCGCGAGGACGGGUCCUACGAGAUCACCUUCAGCCCCCCGGUGCCUUCCGCUGCCCUUCUGCACGUCACCAUCUUGGGCUUCCACAUUCAGGGUAGUCCGAUGGAGAUGACGGUAGUCUCCCACUGCCAGUCUGCGAGCACGUCCGCGGGUGACGCGAGCAGGGACGGAGCCUCGGGGCGGAGGCAUACGGGGGUCUUCCACUGCUGCACCUUCUGCUCUAGCGGCGGCGACAAGACGGCCACCUGCGCGUGCGGGGCGACCAUGCCAGGCGGCUAUCAAGGCUGCGGCCACAGCCACGCAGGGCACCCUGGCCGCAAGCACUGGUCCUGUUGCGCCCAGGCCAACCCUUCCUCUCCCUGCACGCGACCCCCAUCCCAGUAUUACCAAGUCACACUCUGAGGUCAACCCUGCUACCAGAACUGCUACCGUGCCGCACGUCCUCGUGGUAUUUCCAGGUCAAACCAUGUACAGAGUUCUGAGACAGGGACCGCCCACAACAGCCGCAGGGCUGGUGAAGAGAUUAUGCCGUAUGCUUACAUCAUGGCGGCAGGAGCGCCUGCUGGUAAUCCCACCAACACAGUAAGCUUCGAGUGUCAGAGAACAAAAUGAGAAUCAUAAAUAGCUGACACAGGCCGGGUCAUAUAUAUGGAAGGCCCGGGCGAAGCUAGAUCUUCGCUAAUCUCAAUUGUAUUGUAACCACACAAUACCAAAACAACCAUUGAAACUUGGCCAUCGCCGCCCGCCGAUUGGCCCGUUGCGCCCUGCUCUGCCGCCUCCUUCCCGACGCGACGGAACUACCCAUUUCACUUCGGAACACAGGCCAUUACGCUUUUUGUACGUGGUGAUUUGGAAAUGCGUUCGUGAGAGCUCGUGUAUUUUUGUUACUUAAAUGUUGUAUAUGAAUAUAUAAUUAUCGUUCUGUUCUACUGUGCCAUAGGUAAAAAGAUGUCUAUAAUGUCGUGCGUGUAAAUGCGCUGUAUGUUUAAAUGAGUUACAUAUUG